UUUUAUUUUAUUUACAAAUUAAUCAACAGUCCUUGCUUGCAACAAGUCAAAAUUUGUCUUUUUUGGCAGUUGUGAUGCCCUUUGUUCACAAUGGUUAAAUUAAAAGCGCCUCCAUAUCGGGUAUGGAUCGCUGUAAUGGUUUUUAUGUCAACUUUUACAAACUACAUGCUGAGAGCAAACAUGUCUGUGAGUAUAAUCAGUAUGGUUGACAAGGCGAAAAAAAAUCAGACAGCAGUUUGCGCAGCUCCUCCUGACAAUUCAACCAAACCUCCCCCGAAACCCAAAUCUGGAAGUAAAAAAUUCAAAUGGAGUGAGAUCGACGAAGGCUGGAUCCUCGCUGCCUAUUUCUACGGCUACUUCUUCACAGUGCUGCCUGGGGGGAUUAUAUCAAAUUAUAUCGGCCCUUGGCACACUAUAGUGUGGUCGAGCCUUGGCAGUGCCGUCUUAACUGGCUUGACCCCCAUUUGCGCCACAUCUGGAGGUGUGGGUGGGGUUUGCGCUAACCGAUUUUUCAUCGGCUUUCUUGGGGGGCCAGUGUACCCCGCCGUCAACGAUUUAAUCGCAAAGUGGGCGCCGCCCAAGGAAAAGGGCAAGUUUUUGGCGGCUAUGAUGGGCAACACCUUGGGGACGGUGGUGACUUGGAAUCUGGUGGCGGCGGCCUCCUCGGCAUUGGGCUGGGAAUGGGGAUUUCACGUUCUGGCCAUCUUCAUGUUGGUUUAUUGCGCUGUCUUUGGAGUAAUUGUGAGGGAUAGACCCGACAUACAUCCUUGGGUCUCCGAGGAUGAAAAGAAAUAUAUUGCGGAAUCUCAAGAAGGGCGUCUUACCACGAAAAAGGGCUUUCCCCCGUACCACAAAAUGAUGUGUUUCAACUUCCCGUUCUGGGCUUUAGUGAUAGCCCAGUUGGGCAAUUUGUGGGGCUUGAACUUGGUCCUCACUUACGCCCCCAAAUUCAUGGCUGGAACCUUAGGCUUCAAUAUAAAAGCCUCAGCCGGCCUUGCUGCACUUCCAUACAUUGCGCGUCUUAUCGGCAGUAACAUCUUCGGAAUAAUCGGCGAUUACAUGCGUAAAAAGGAAAUAAUGUCUGUGACCAAAAUUCGAAAAUUCUUCAUAAUUUUCUCCCAUUUUAUUCCGGGCGCCUUGCUGAUAGUAAUGCGCGCGUUCGGAUGCAUCAAAGAGGGCGUCAUUGCCAUGAUAGUGCUAAACCAAGGCUUCAACGGCGCAUGCGUUGUCAGCCAUUUGGUGAACCCGCAAGACCUGUCCCCGAAUUUCGCAGGAGCCGUUUACGGAAUCAUGAACUUCUUCGGCAUGACUACGGGAAUAUUCGUGCCCAUGAUUACUGGAUUCUUGAAAACGAAUUAUAAAGGAUUCACAGGACCCACGAUAAUAUUCAUGAUUGGAGGAAUUGUUUUUAUAGGCACCGGGGUGGUGUUUGUCCUUUUUGGAUCCGGGGAGGUGCAGCCUUGGAACAAGAAGGAAGGCGAAGAGGAGGAGCAAGCGCCAGCAGCAGCAAAAUAAUGUUUAUGGCGUCAUACUUUUGGUUAUGUAGUAUUUUCCAAAUAUCAGAAAAGUAACUCGAAAUACACAGUCCUGAUUAUCUUUA